UUUAAAUUUAGUGUUGUGAACAACGUGGGUCUAGGAGUAGGUUAUUUACAAUUGUGAUUUUUUAAUAAAUGUAAUUUUUCUUUUCUUUGAUUUUGUUCCGUGAAGGUGACAUAAUGACGUCUAACAUUCAAACUAUUCAGCUUCAAAUUAGAUUUCUAACUAAACAAGAACAAUAUGCAGUUCCUGACAUUCCUUUUGCUGUAGAUUCCACUAUUACUACUGAUGAACUUAAUUCAUUAGUAAACCAAUUGAUUAAAGAGAAUUCAAAGGAGAUUUACAAGAAGAUAGAAUUUGAUUUUCUUGCUGGUGAUCACUUCAUAAGGACAGACUUAGGACAACAUAUUGCUUCCAGAGGAUUGUCCAGUGAAACAGUUAUUGAUGUUGAGUAUGUCGAAAGGCUUCCAGCUCCUGAACCUCAAGACUGCCUAUUACAUGAUGACUGGGUGUCUGCAGUUGAUGUUUGUAACGAUUGGAUACUGAGUGGAUGUUAUGAUUACACUGUUCACCUGUGGUCUAAAAAAGGGAAGCAUAAAUUGACUAUUCCUGGUCACACCAAAGCAGUCAAAGCAGUAUCUUGGAUUUCAGAAAAUGAAGACAGUGCAACUUUUGUAAGUGUUUCCCAUGAUCAAACUGCACUUUUAUGGGAAUGGAAUAUGAAAGAUAAUGUUGUCGAAUGUGUACAUGUCUGUCGGGGUCAUGCUAGAGGAAUAGAAUGUGUUGGUGUAAGUACUGACAAAACUAAGUUUGCAACUGGUGCUUGGGACAAUAUGCUGAAAAUUUGGACCACAUCAAUGGAAGAAAAUUUUGGAGAAGAUGAAGAUGGUGAAACAGACAGUAAAAGACCUAAAAAGGAAGGAAAAUCACAAGUUAGAACUCCUAAAAUGACUUUGAAAGGUCACAGGGAAGCAGUAUCCGGUCUCUGCUGGCUCAAUUCAUCUGAACUUGUAACAUCUAGUUGGGAUCAUACUCUGAGGACUUGGGAUAUUUCAGUUGGUGCAAGCGUUUCUCAAAUUUCUGGCAAUAAAGCUUUCUUUGAUGUUAACUAUUCUAGUUUAUCUGGACUCCUGAUCACAGGUUCAGCUGACCGCCAUGUAAGGCUGUAUGAUCCUAGAUCUACAGAGGGAGGAAUAUGCAAAUCUACUUUUACCUCUCAUGAUGCCUGGGUAAUGUGUGUCAGAUGGUCACCAACAGAUGAAAGACUAUUUAUUUCAGGAUCCCAUGAUGCAAAAUUGAAACUUUGGGAUAUUAGAAGCCCCAGUGUUCCUCUUUUUGAUAUGGUUGGUCAUGAAGACAAAAUACUAUGCUGUGACUGGACCUUCCCUGACCUCAUUGUUUCUGGUGGAACAGAUAAUACUUUAAGAUUGUACAAAACAUCAGAUUUUAAGUCAUUAAGUUAAUGAGAAGAUUAUGAUUAUUUAAUUUUAAUGUGAUGUAAAUAUUAAUUUUUAAGACUUUCAAUAAAUAUUUCUAUCUUCA